CUGUGGCCGUGGCACCCCACACUGCUGAGUAGGCAGGUGCUCCAGGCUGAUUACUGCAGCUCCUCCCGCCACGCCAGCUUCCCCCGGGCACCCACCCCCUCCGCCCCUGCUCCCCUCCCCACAGUGACUCCUGCCCAGGGAAUGUCCAGCCCUGGCAUAAAGGCCCGGCUGUCCUCCAGCUCCUGUCAGUCAGAAGGCCGUUCCAAGAUGGGCUGCUCUUGGGCACCCCGGAUGGGGCACGUGGGUGGGCGCAGGGUGAUGGCACUGCUGCUGGCUGGUCUCUUGCUGCCAGGGAGCGUGGCUAAGAGCGUCGCGACCUUCUCAGAUCCCUGCAAGGACCCCACGCGGAUCACCUCCCCUAACCACCCCUGCCUCGCCGGGAAGGGCGGCUCCGGUGGCUCCGGCUCCAGCUCCGGCUCCAGCUCCGGCUCCAGCUCUGGCUCCUCCAGCGGUGGGUCCAGUGGAUCCAGUGUCGCCCAGGGCGGUUCUUCAGGAUCUUCAUUAUUUAAGCCAGGAACAGGAUAUUCCCAGAGCAGCUAUUCCUCCGGAUCCGGACCCGGCUUCAGUCUACAGGGCGCACCUGGCUCCUCCCCGUCGGGAAGCGGCAGCUCUCAGUCAGAGCUCGUCAACUACCAGCCAGGGCAUGGCUCUGCUCUGCCGACCAACGACGACUCUUCCCCCGCAGGAAGCUCUUCCCAGUCUGGAGAAAGCUCUUCCUUCUCCCAAAGCUCCAGUGUGUCCAGCAGCAGAGGCCAGAGCGCCAGCUCCAGCCUUCGUCCCUGCAGCUCAGACGUCCCCGACUCCCCCUGCAGCGGCGGGCCCGUGGUCUCGCACUCCGGCUCCUACAUCUCCAGCUCCCACUCAGUGUCAGGGGGCCAGCGGCCUGUGGUGGUGGUGGUGGAGCAGCACGGCUCUGGUGGCCCCGGAGGGGUUCAAGGUGUCCCCUGCAGCAGCGGUGGCCUUCCAGGCAAGCCCUGCCCCCCCAUCACCUCUGUGGACAAGCCCCACGGCGGCUACGAGGUGGUGGGCGGCUCCUCGGACAGCUAUCUGGUGCCAGGCAUGACCUACAGCAAGGGUAAAAUCUACCCUGUGGGCUACUUCACCAAAGAGAACCCUGUCAAAGGCUCCCCUGGUGUCCCCUCCUUUGCAGCAGGGCCCCCCAUCUCCGAGGGCAAAUACUUCUCCAGCAACCCCAUCAUCCCCAGCCACAGCUCUUCCGGUUCCAGCGCCCGGCCGUUGGGAGCUGCUUCUGCCAUUGUGUUCCAGCCAGUGGGUGCUGGCGGGGUCCGGCUCUGUGGCGUCGGCUCCGCGGGCUCCAAGGGGCCCUGCUCCCCCUCCGGUCCUGGAGUCCACCUCACUCCCAGCAUCUCCAGCAGCUCCGGCUCUGCCCACCACCCCUGUGGCGGCGCUUCCCCGGGGCCCUGCUCCCCCCCGGGCCCCGGCUCCUUGGGUGGCAGCUCCAGCUCCCAGUCAGGUGGUACGAUCGCCCUUCAGCCCUGUGGCAGCAAGUCCAGCUCCUCUGGCCACCCUUGCCUUUCUGUCUCCUCCUCGGUGCUGACUGGGGGUCCCAAGGGCUCUCCCCAGCCUGAUCCGUCCACUGGCGCCAAGCCCUGUGGCUCUAGCAGCUCUGGAAGGAUCCCCUGCCGCUCCAUCCGGGAUGUCCUGGCCCAAGUGAAGCCUCUGGGGCCCCAGCUAGCUGACCCUGAAGUUUUCUUACCCCAGGGAGAGGCGCUGGACCGCCCGUAGGUCAGGCUCUGCGCCCGUGCCUGGGCGGGCACAUGCGCACACCACCUCCCAUCUCCAGGGCCCAGGCGUAGGUUAGCUCAGUUUCCCUCCUCCCGCCCAAGACUGCUGCUCUACUUCCUCCAUCCCCUCUGAUGCCCUGGUAAGUUAUCCCUUCCUCUUCUCUUUGCCAAAUAAAGCAAAGUCAAACCAUUACCUGAAAA